AUGAUGGAGUUUCCCGAUCACAGCAAAAACUUACUCCAAAAACUCUGGGAACAGCAGCACGAAGGUUUCCUUUGCGACUGCACCGUCAUCGUGGGCAGCACCCAGUUCCUGGCCCACCGGGCCGUCCUGGCCUCCUGCAGUGCCUUUUUCCAGAUGUUCUACAAGGAGCGGCUGGAUAAGCGAGACCUGGUCUCCAUUAACAGCGAGAUCGUCACCGCCCCGGCCUUCGGGCUCCUGCUGGAAUUCAUGUACAAAGGCAGCCUCUCCUUCGGCGACAUGCCGGUGGAGGACAUCUUAGCCGCGGCCAGUUAUUUGCACAUGAACGACAUCGUCAAGGUGUGUAAGAAGAAGCUGCAAGCCCGGGCUUUGGCCGAAGCCGACAGCACGAAAAAGGAGGAGGAAAAUCAUUUGCAGCUCCCCGAAAGCCAGCCCAUAUCCUUGCCCCCGCCUCACUCCUGCGACCCCGAGAAAAACAAAAAAGGAGACUGGAACAUCGGGCAGAAAACACCUCCUGAGGAAUUAUCGGCCUCCAUUUUGGACGUUGCGGAUACCACCCAACCGGGGAUGGAUGCUCCCUCCGCUUCUCGGCCUCGUCCGCCACCCAUCGUGGACAUUUCUCUCUCCAGCCCGAGUAGCUCCACCGAAACUCUGUUGUGUAGCUCAUAUCCUUCCGGGAACGGAGCCGAGGGGACGUCCGGUUUGGAUCUUCCUCCAGAGAGGUACAGAGAACACCACAUCGAACACAAGGAGCCCACGAAUCGGUCCAUCAGCGUCAAGGUGGAAGCGAUUGUGAUUUCUGAUGAGGAAACGGACGGGGUGGAGCAGCUGGAGGCUCCUCCUGCUCCAGAAUUGAGACUAGAAAGCAUCUUUGCAAAAUCUGUUGGGGAAGCGGGUUCCGGGGGAGGCUGCGGGCGACACCUGGAUGCUUUUGAAGAGCCCAGUGGGAUGGAGGAGGUCUCUUCGGAGGGCAGCUUCCUACCUCCAGAAAAUGCCCCGUACCACUUGAUCCACAUGCCGGGAGGUCAGACUUUUUCCACCAUGGCUACUCCUCCGUUGCACGAACAGAUGUACUUGCAGGAGUAUGAUUCCCACUCCAAUUUUAGCCUCUUUACGGAGGACGUCCCCACCUGCAAGACGUGCGGGAAAACCUUUUCCUGCUCCUACACCUUGCGGCGCCACGCGACCGUCCACACCCGGGAACGGCCGUACGAAUGUCGCUACUGCAUGCGGAGUUACACUCAAUCCGGAGAUCUUUACCGGCACAUCCGGAAAGCUCACAACGAAGAUCUGGCCGUUAAACGCUGCAAACACGACGUGGAAAAUCCUUCCUAGGGGCUUUUCCCACGGCGUGGAACGUUUUCCCAAAACGAGGAGCCAAAUCCUCCGGUCGUCUCCAUUCCUGGCAGAAGAAGCCACACCACUGGUGUCUAAUUUUUUUUUUCCUGUUCCUCCUUGGGCCGGAUCGCUGUAUCCAAAACUGUCCCGUCUGUACUGCUGCAAAAAUUUCAGGGUUCGGUUUUCUCUUUAGUGGGGAAAAAUUUUUUUUUCCGCCAACGCAGAGAGCCGACUCUGGCCAUUCUCUUGUGUCCGAUUCAAAAAGAAACCCACUUUAAGCCAUUCCCCGAACGAGGAUCGCUUGUGUGUUUGUGGGUUAAACUGCCGAUACAGCGACUCUUCCGUGGUGUUAGCCCCCCGCUCCCCCCCAAGAGACCAGCCUUGUUAGUUUGGUGGGGGUUCUCCAUGCUAUUGGCAGUUCAGAAUUUUAUUUGCAGGAAAACGGGAAAUGAUUGGCGCCCUUGUUUGUCAAGGGGCACCAGGAUCUAUCAUCAGUUGUGAAUGGUACCAAGCAGGCAAGACUUAAUUGACAGAAAGGUGCAGGAUAAUCUCCUAAAAUGCCACAAUGCUGCCUAGAGUGAGUUAACGGCUUCAGACACCUGGAUGCCCCUAUGCCAGGGAUGAGGAACGGGUGUGAGGCCCCCACCGACCCACCCAAAUGGGGGGAAGGCACCCUACAACUCUCCGUCCCCACCUCCGAGCAAUGUCCUUUUCCUUCCUCAGCCGCCACUGCCAUCCGCCCGGUUGCAAUUCCCUAACCUGUUUGUAAAUACCGUAGUUCCAGUGUAGCCUUAUUGAACAAGACACCUGUGACAUAGUAAAAAGAACAACAAAAAUGAUAAGAAUCUCUGUGGUGCUUGGGAUUUUAUUUUCCACUUUUAAAGGUGCACCUCCUAACCCAAUUGAAAUGUUUGGCUUUAGUUGUUUAA